CACGUCGCCUUGGUCGAUGGAACUGGCUCGACGACCACAACAGAGUCCGAGGUCGAUACGGGCUCCGUUCGUGCCGGCUGUCGGUGCCUGUAUGUCUGUCUGUGUGUGUACGGGUGGCCGCUGGAGCGGGCACGGGCCAUUCGACGUUCGAGAGGGCACAGGGCCACUGGGGAACGAUUGUGGCGGCGUGUGGGAAUCCCGUGCAAAAACUUGUGUGGAUGGCUGUGUGUAAGAAGUUGCUGUAAAUAGCUGCAAAGAUCGAAAGUAUACGAGCAAAUCCAGUGUAGGAGAUUUUAUUUACGUUUACGAUGAGUGGUAUCUGAAAAAAAACGUAAGCCUCGUGUUGUGGCGAGUUGGCUAUUGAAGUUCGUUGGCACACUGUGGAGUGCUGUGGGUGGCAGCGAGCGGUCACUGAGUCUGAAUUGCCCAGUCGUGGUGGGACACUGACUGUGGUCCGAGGACUGACGUGACUGAAGUAUCGUGAAGGGAGCUGGUGAACCGGCCGCCGAGCGGGAAACAGACAAGAUGACGAGCGAGGAGCGUCGCGGCAGCGCCCAGCCGCUGCACCAGCAGCAGAAGCGUCGAGCCUGGCUGCGGCGAGCCUCAACCAGCUCAGACAACCAGCCGCCGCCGCACCGCUCCUCGGGCCGUCGGCUCAGCGCCUAUGACCGUAUUAUUGCGGAGAGGGUCCGACGCGGUAUCACCGUCAAUCUCGAUCGACGUUCUUCUAUCGUUUCGACCGCCUCAAGUGACCCGGAAUCAGUCGACUCCAGCACCGGCUCCAGCUCCGGCUCCGGCUCCGGAUCCCGUGUCCGCUCCGGGUCCGGGUCCGGAUCCACCUCCACCUCCGGGUCCCGGGAGCACUCGGACGUAUCGCUGCGCCCGCUCGCCCUGCGCCCCGACCCGCUGGACGAGACUCAGAUGACCAGCCAGGCGAUCCACCGGGAGGGGGCUGCACGCUGUCAGCAGGCGGGUGGAGUGCCGCUGCUGGAUCAUCUGAUUCAGCUGGCUGCUGAGCGAGGUUCCCAGCAGAGCCCCCAACAGGCUGCUCAGCAGGGGCAGAACGGCAGGCCGGUAGAACAUCCAGAGGAGAAGAGGGUGAGAUUCCGCGAAGGCUGGCGUUCUGCGCGAGGCACGGGCAGUCUCUCGGCUCUGCAUGAAGAUGAGGUAAGAAGUGUGGCAGAAAGGCAUGCUCCUUGUGGUAUCCUCAAAAAUGGAAGAUGCCAUUCGAAGUCAGAAGAUAAAGAGGAGGAAAGCGUUUGUGUGAAUGGAGAAACAGCGGAGAAGCUAUGUAAAAAUGCUAAUCGAAGCGCGGUGGAGCGAGUUGCUCAGGAGAGUAAGCUGUCAGAAACGUCCAGCAUGGAUGAAGCGCCUGCUGUUCCAGCACCCACCGAGAAUGGUUAUGAAAGCGAUGACGUAUUUGAGGCGAAGGCACUGACAACGAAGAAUGCGUCUAAUGCAGAGAGUAAACAGUUGGAAGUUGAAGAAGUCAGCGAAACGUCUGCGUCCAUCCAGGAUACCAACAACGAUGAUGAAAAGGCACUUAGCAGUUCUGCUGAGCCUCACAAAGAUACGACUGAACAGACAACUACCGAGGAAAAGAGAGAAGACAGCUCGGUUCCAAAAGCAUCCGCGUCAAGCGACCUUCCCAACGAGCUAUCUGCUGAUGUUGAGCCUUCGACUUCUGACCAAGCUUCAACGAAGGAAGAAAAGAAAGACGACCAACCAGUUAACCUCAAUGACCUCAUUGUUGAAGAAAUUUCAGCAGUGCCAGAAACAACCGAAUCGUCCGGUGACACACAAGACCAACUGGUCAGCAAUGAUCCCGAGGACACGCCAGUACCAUGUCCUCUUCCCGUCCCUUCCGGCAUCAAACCACGACGGACUCGCCUCGACUCUGUCCCGGAGGAGCCUCCGUCCUCUCCGCGCCAUCCAGCAAGUGACCCUACCCCCUCCACCGAAAAAUCCACCUCCCCUGCGCUUCUCGAAGCUGGAGAGAGCGCACCCUCCCGCCCGCUCGCUCCCACCCCACCCCAGCUACGCUCCGGGCGCGGAGUGCCCUCUCGUCGCUGGUCCAUCUCUGGUGAGCUGACCUCUCACCGGCGCGACCGUGCUGCCAUCUUUCGGCGGCUCGUGUACCUGACACUGUCGGAGGAGGACGGGGAGCCGGCGCCCGUGUUUGAAGAGCCCACUGGAUCGGCGGUGGAGUUCGACCCGCGCCGCGGCGAGUGGCGCCCUCUGACGGGGGAGGAGGGACGCCGACUGGCGCAGCACCGGCGCCUGUCGCUCACCAAGACCUGCUCCCUUGACUUCGACCGGAUCCCGUAAAAGAGGGAGGUGAGGGUGGGCGUACUUAGAGUGUGAUGCCAGGUUCGGAAUGAUUUGGCCUCACAGUUUUCGUAGUUUUAUUGGAAAACUGUUCUAAAAUCGCAAUUACAAAUUGGUCACUUUUUAAUUUUAGUUUUAUUGCCCUACCAAUGAUGAUUAUCAAUCAUAGGCGUUAGAAUUUUUAUUGGCCAAUUUGAAUUAUAAUUCGCUAAUGGACUAUGGCAACUCUGCCUCAUGAAUACAUCUACGUGUAUUCAGCUAUUCAGCUAGUUAGCUACUUAUUGCAUGACGUCACUAUUGAGCUGAGGGCACGUAUAGAGUACAAUAAAAGAAAUCAUUGCAGGGGCUAUUUCAGUCCAUUCUACAUUUGCCUCAUCUUAUGCUAUGAAAGUAUUUUUCUAGGAUUACAGGGAGCUAAUUGCAGCCGACAUUAGGUACUUAUCUUGGCUUGCCUAGCACUUAGCAGGCAAUGAGUCGAAUUGGCCCUGGCGAGCAAUGGUUUUACAAGUGCCUUGAUAAUUAAUUCACACAUACAUAUGAUGUACACGCAAGGCGAGCUUGUUUCAGCAGCAAGCAAUCGGGUUUAUGUCUCAUAACGUGUGAUCAAUCACGCUUUACCGGUUCGGCGCAGUCGACUUUUGUUUUCAGUACUAUAAUAACCGUUCUAGCAUGGGUGUCGAAGUUCAUGUACGCCGCAAACCGAAAGACACAUUUAUGCUUUGCAGUUUGCAUGUAUUAUCAGGAAACAAGUAUGUUGAAAUGGUUUCGAAAGUAGUCACAGAUUUCUGCCGUUAACCAAUCAGCAGUAGAUGUAGCUGUUUCCCCGUAAAGACAGUGGGUAGAGCCGACGCUCGCGAGUGAGCUCACCAUGUGUGAUCUGCAUAAAUGCAGUUGUGAUUUUGUGCCUGAAAGCGUUUCGCCUGGUUGUCUGUUGGCGUAAAUCGAUGUAGUAGAUUCGAUGUAGAAUUGGCGUUAUUUGUGGGUGGUUGUAACGUGUUUGCACUCUUGAUUUA